AUGAAAACUGGGCCCAAACAGUGUAAUAUAGGACCCAAAUAUCAGGACUCGGCCCAUUUACGAUCACACACCCUUAAAACCCUAAAAAAUUUCCAAGGCGUAGGAGCUCCCUGUCGCCUUUACUCCAUCGUCGUCUUCACAGCACUAACUCAACAGCAGAACACAAUGGCUGUUCCUAAGCUGGAUAAGGAGAUUGUCAAGAAGAGAGUCAAGAAAUUCAAAAGGCCACACAGUGACUGGAAAAUCUGCGUUAAGGAAAACUGGCGUAGACCCAAGGGUAUUGAUUCAAGGGUUAGGAGGAAGUUUAAAGGAGUAACUCUUAUGCCCAACAUUGGUUAUGGAUCUGAUAAAAAAACUCGCCACUAUCUUCCAAAUGGCUUCAAAAAGUUUGUUGUUCACAAUGCAAAAGAAUUGGAAGUCCUCAUGAUGCACAAUAGGACAUAUUGUGCUGAAAUUGCACACAAUGUAUCUACAAGAAAAAGGAAGGAUAUAGUGGAAAAAGCAGCACAGUUGGAUGUUGUGGUUACUAACAAAUUAGCAAGGUUGAGGAGCCAAGAAGACGAGUAAAAUUAUUGCUUAUAUACGUUCUUAUAAGUUGUGUUGGGUUGGAUGUUUUGUGGGAUUUUGAGAAAUUUAAGAACAUGUUUAAAUUUGGUUUAAAUCUAUUGAAUCUUGUUUUUUUUUUUUGUUAAAAUUUGUCUUAAAGUUAUCAUUAAUGACACUAACACGAAAAAAUAAGUCUUGAAAGAUGCGAUUGAUUGUGCGAUGGUGAGUUUAUGGUCUAGAUGAAUGUAAUGGACAAAGGACAAUGUCAAUUAUGUAAAGUGGCCAAAAUAAAAG